GGCACACGACGGCCAGCUACCUAUUUAGAUAAACCAUGUCACGCCUAGUCCCAUUCACCAGCAACCAACUACGAAUAAAAUCGAGCACCAGCAAGCCUCUGUCGAACAUCCUGUUGAAUCAUCCUCCUAACGACUUCAACCGGAGCUCGAAUAUCGAUCAAAUCAGAUGUAAAGUCGCAUCACGUCAGACCGGUGGCGGGAAAUCUAAAUCCGGGAAGCCCAGCGAAAAUCGUUCGGCUCAGACGAAGGGAUAUCUUAAGAAAUCUAAGGACGGAAACAGUAACACGGAUGGGAAAUCGGACCGGUAUGAUGUGAUCAGACAGAUGCUAUACGAGCAGGAUCCUAAGAUGGACGACUCGACACGAUUGGCUCGAUUACAAAAGCUGGUGCCCGAAUUCGAGAUCCACGAAACGAUCGACAGAGCAUGGAAAUUAAACGAAAGACAUCAACGAGAAGCGCAAGAAAAAGCGCUCGAAAGACAAUACCAAUCGAUGAACAAUGCACUAGAAGAACUGCGGUUGGCCGAUCUAAAGCUAUACCUUAGAGUGAUCAAGGACGAGAACGGCUCGAUUCAUCGGUUGCAAAACAUCGUCCAAUCUCCCAAUCUUCUUAAUUCGUCCGGUAAAUUGGCCGGCUUGUUUCCUAGACAACUUAAAUUACCCGUCGAAUCUCUGCCUAAUCCUGAGAAAGUUUGGGAUCAUGAUUGGAAAAAUCCAACUGAUCCCUCCUGCUAAUUUGCUCAAUUUAUUCCCCAUCAUUUCUUCUUUUUUCAUCUCAAGGUCCAUUGUAAUUGUCUCCCCUUUGUUGGUUCCUUUGAGAGCAUCAAACAUCGAAGUGAGCUAGAGAAAGACUGCCCUUCACUUCAGUCAAAUUAGGAAGACUUGGUUUUACAUAUCAACAAAGCCCCCCCCAAAAAA